CAAGUUUUUCCAGAAAAUUUCUGAGAUUACCUUCAAAGUUUGUUCUUUUGGCGGAAAUCUAUUUUUUUCUUUCUAUGGCCGAACCACGCGUUUCUGAUCAGUUUGUAUCUAAAUAGUAUCAGAUGUUUAAGAUCCCCAAUAAAAGCCAGUGUUUUCCCAGCGCCAGCCUCACCUCAGUUUUUCAGCUGAAAGUGACCCUGGUUCUGUCAGCGGCUCCGGUUCUCCUAUCGCCUCCGGGCCGCUGACGGCUGCUGUCCGCGCCGCGCCGCUUUGUCCAUUGUCCGGGCCGGAAAGGCUGGCCCGCCCGCCGGCCGGCGGAGAUCCAACCCGAACCUGCAGGACGAUCAGGAGUUUUUGUGCUCAGGUGUGCUUCCUGCUGGGCGGGGUGGGGGUAAAAAGCGCGUGCCCAGGUGAGCCAGCCUCAGUCGGAGCGGGUCAUGACUGCAGACCGAUGCGGGUAGCUGCGUGAGGAGCCACCAGAGGAACCAGGAUGGUGAAGUGCUGGACGCGUUCAGGAGGCCGGGGCGCGGGUGAAGGUUCUGACUCGGCCCACUUCCCAGCCAAGGCAUUCUGGAUCUGCCUGUCGGCGCUGCUGCUCCUGGUCGCCAUGGCGAUGGGACUGAUCGGCUACCUCGCGCUGACCGGGCCGGGCUCUACGGCCCUGCAGACCGUGCGGCUGACGGCGCCGGACCAGACGGGGGUUCUGCUCAACCAGACGGCUGUUUUGGACCCGCAGAACCACCUGGUGACACUUUCCGUCACCGCGGCAGGAAAUCAGACGUCCACGGUUCUGUUCGACGUCAAACACGGCCUGAUCUGCUACCAACCUGCAGACCAGCAGCGCUGCUUCCUGCAGACCAUGGAGCGAUCCGACUACGACCAUGUGGGCUCCCUGCUCAGCGGACCACAGAACCAGGGAGACGUCCAGCUGUCUGGGAACGAGACGCAGAGGCGGACGCGGUUCCUGGGCGUGAUGGCGGGUGGUCAGGUGGGCGUGGCCUCGCUGGACGAGCCGCUCCGGACGCUGUGUCGGGACAGAACCGUCCACCGGACCCGCAGGACCGACGGCCCAGGCAAACAGCGGCUGGUCUACUUCUGCAUCGACAUCUGCUUCCCCAGCAACAUCUGUGUGUCGGUGUGUUUCUACUACCUGCCUGAGUGACGGAGGUCAGCCUGGGAGCAAUGCGCCCCCUGGUGGCACCAUCUGGAGGUUCCAGACAGAAUCUUUGUUUUUGUUUAGACUGGAGUGUAAUUAUGUGCAGCCA